GCAGCUCUCUCCUUUCCCUCACCAUCCUCCAUGUCCCAGCCCAAGUUAACGUUACGGCCGCCUCCUAAUGUUGACUUCGUUCAAGGCUACCCCGGUAUCCCCCCUGGUGGAUCGGACCGUCCCCAGGCUGCCGUGAAAGGCGCUAUCGAGGUUAGGGUCGGACCGCAAGGCGUGAAGGCGAAGUGGGUCCGCAUCGAGCUCAGGAAGAUUGAGACCCUCCCUGGCGGUGGUGUCGCCAACACAUUCUUCGAUUUCGUAGGCCAGAGCCCCAUCAACCUCUGGCAGUCUCCCAACGACGAGUACAACACAUUACACACGAACGACUUCCCGUUCUUUAUUCGGAUUCCGGAGUCGAUACCGCCCACAAUCUCACUCGAGAAAGGAGCCGGCAUCAAGUAUGAACUCAUCGCGUCAAUAUGUGUUCAAGGCAAGAAGGGCUUCUUGCGACGUGACAAGCCUACCAUCACCGCGACCGCAUCCUCCAUCGUCAUUGACAAACACGAACUGCACUCGACAUGGCCCAUCUAUUCCCAGCAGGAGACGCGGACACACUCGCAAGACGGCGUUACACUCAUGAUCGAACGCGCGCACACUUGUUAUGGGCCGGGGGACCGCGUCGUGGUGAUGGCGACUGUCAAGUCGGACACGGUCCACACGGUCAUGCUGCGCGGCUUCGAGUUCAUGCUCCGCGAGACUACCGUUUUCCGCGCCGGGCCGCAAACACAAGGGAAGAAGGGCAGCCCACAGGUAAAGGUCGCGAGCGUCGGCGAGCAGAAGGUGCCGGUGAACGCGACGCUGUACGGGGGUACACACCACAAGGCGGAGCUUAGCGUCACGAUUCCGAGCCACCAUACGUCGGCCACCAUCAACGCGGCGCGACACAUCGACAUCACGUACGUGCUCACCGUGAAGGCGCUAAUGAGCACAGGCCAGCCGGUGAGCAUGGACCUUCCGGUGAUGAUCUCGAACUGGCCCAGAGCGGUUUCCGUCGAGGCGAUGAGACGGAUAGGACACGCGUUCAAUGUGUCAUUGCCCGGCCAGACGGGUGCCCAACACAACUCUUCCUCCCACCCCGAGCCAUACGUAUCCGUGCUCACCGGCAAAAUCGCACCCGUGUCGGCGCCGAACACGUCGAGCGGCCGCACAAACUCCUCGCACGGGUACAGCAACUCCAUCGACAAGAAGUCGUCCGUGCCGGACCUGCGCUCGCCCAAGAGCGGCGCCAUCGGGCCGUUCGCGACCUCGCCCAUCUCGUCAGAGAAGUCGGGCGACCGCUUCGGGCUCGCGGCCGACGAGUUCGGCGCGCGCCCGCGGAAGGGCUCGGACAACGGGCACUCGUCCUUUGCCGCGCAGACGAUCGGUGCGCUGAACCUCGCGGCUAGCAGCGCCGCGUCGUCCGAGACGAACCCGGUGCCCGUCGCGCGUCCGCGUUCGAGUAGUGGCAGGGCGACGAACCCGACGAGCCGCCUGACCAUCGCGAACCUAACGCAGGAGGAGAUCCGCGAGCACAUGGAGGCGGAGGCAGAGCUCGCGCGGAGCAAGCCGGCUGCAAUCAUCGAGAGCCCAGUGGACGUCGUGCCGCCAUUGAACCCCAUCACAAGCCCUGCGCCCGCUAAGAAUAAUGCGACGCCGAAGCCGAAGACGUCGUCGUCAUCGCUAGGGCAAAAGUGGGCAAGCGCGGAAGAUGAGAAGAAGCGGUUGUACGAACGUGCAGUCGCCAACGUCGAACGUGUGCAAAAGGGCGCUGUCCAGCUUUCGGAGACACCGAGCAAUGCUGCUGAUUCGGGCAGUGGGAGUGGUGGGGGUAGUAACAGCGGUAACGCCACUGCUACCGGAAGCACGCCCGCCGCCAGGAAGUCCUCUCCCAAGUGGCUGACUGCUGAGGAAGAGAAGGCGCGUCUUUACGAGCAAGCGAAAGCUGCCGUAGAUCGAUCCCGGAGCUACGACGGCUCGAGUGCAGCCAUCGCAAGUGCCCGCGUAGUCAGCUCAGGUUCCGUCGCCACAAUAGGGAGCCCUGCCAUGUCUCCUGGUGCUGCGCUCUUUUCUGAGGCCAUGACCGCUAUCAACCGGCCUGUCGUCCCUGGGUCAUCACCUGCGCCCACAAACACGCCCCCGCCUGUUUCGCUCUCUUCCAGCUCCUCACUGACAGCGACCAGCCCCAUCGCUAGUCCUACACCUGGGCGGCAAUCCACUACACCUAGCGUCCUUUCUGCCACGGACGAGAAGGCGAUGCUGCAGCGGUACUACGAGGCGAAGAACGCAGUAUACCAAACCCAGACUGCACACUACGGGCGAGUGCCUGGCAACGCCGGACCCGUCCCGUACGAUGCUCUCUACCCCAAUUCGCCGCAAGGGGGCUCUUCGGCCCCUUCACAACCCUUCUCUCCGCCGCCGAUGACCCAGACUCCCCCUGCGGGGAUGCCGCCGCCCUUCCAAGCCGCGGGUGGGUCCUCUUCGCAGCACCCCAUCCUAUCCGAAAAGGAGCGCCUGCGUAGACACUUCGAGGCUCAGGACGCGAUGCAGCAGCAGCAACCACCACCGCCUCCCCAGCAACAACACUGGCAGGCCCCUCCCCAAGACGCAUACCCGGGCGCUCCAGCCCCUCCCCAAGUAUACCCAUAUUCACCUUCUAUGGCGCCAAUGUCGCCCGAUGUUGCCCCGCGCGUCACUUCGUACGGUCCUGCUCCCACAGACAGUCCGCCACCGUUCUCCGCUGCUCGUUCGUCUCAACCAUUGUCGGCUUAUGAAGAGAAGGAGAUGCUCCGCCGGCGAUUUGAGGCGCAGGACGGUGGGUCGCCCAUGACACCUGUGCCUCCUCCGCGCGCAUCACAAAUUGUCAAUGGACGUGGUGCUCGCCCACCGCCAACACCUCCCAUGUCGCCUCACGCCCAGGGUAGCGGACGCCCGCUCACCGCAGCUGAGGAGAAGGCGCGUCUGAAGGCGAUGUACGAGAACGAAGGCCGUGUCCAACACUCCCCGCCGCCCGUGCAGGUCCCGCCUCCGGGGGUGCGGGUGCCAUACCCCUCCCCGCCGCCCUCAAAUGGGUACCACUCCGCCGACAUGUUUGACCAGACGCCGAAGCCACCCUCGCGCGCGUCUACUGCGAUCCCGAAGACGCCGCCGCCACCGCCACCACUUGCGCCGAAACCGCCUCGCGAAUACAUCGAGGAGACGCGCGCGGAGGAUCUCCGGACGGCGGCGAAGCUGCAGGCCAUCGACCGCGCGGCCCCGGCAGAUGUCCUCGCAUCGCUCAAUGCUGAGGACGCCGACCUUGCGUCUCUUGGCCCAACCGACCGCCGCGACGCCGAUGAGGACGACGACGACGACAUGGCCGACUACUACGACCGCAUGGACGGGGACGAAGGCUCUGGCGAUCCUGCCGAGAACACGUUCGGCCCAGGAGCGCUGUCUGCCAUGAUGAACGGCUCUACCCCCAAACCUGCGUCGAUAUACGGUACGGAGGACGCAGUCGCACCGCCAACACCCAACUUGAACCCGGCCUUCCCGCUCUCCGUCCCGCCUCCGCCUCCGCUCCCCACAAAGGUGCCCGUCGCCAGCAACUGAACGUGCCGCACCGAUCGGUCGGUGCCCUCCUCCCAGUCCCCGGCUGCGGGCGUCCUCCGCACGUCUCCCUCCACCUGGCAUCCGCCUUCGCAGCCCAUCGCCGUGGCCCCGGACAGGACGGCGGCACAGCAUUGCGGGGCAUCACAGAGGUUGUUCGCACUCUAAUCCCCGUCUGCAAGCCCGCGUCGCGGUGUUUCCUGCACUUUCUUCUGAGAUACCUAUCGGAUCGAGAUCACAGGGCCCGGAAAGUGCUUCUGGUCCCGCCCUCUAUCAGGCCCCAUUCUCCCUGAUCAGUCAGUUAUUGUACCUCCAGGCUAUUCUGGAUCUCCCGGACGGUCCGCCCUUCAUGUGUGUAUGUGUGUAUAGCCCCGUAGCUGUUUGCCCCCAGCCAGCCCCCGUCAUUCGUUGCUCCGCUUUCUUCUCUCGCCUGCUUCGCUCCGCGCACAUUGCUCCGCGCUGUCGCUGGUCCUCGGGCCAGCCAGCCGCCCGCCAUUCG